AAAUAAUCAAGGAAUGGGAUACCCUUGUAUGGACAACGAAGAAGGAAAGAGCAAGCAGAGUACUAGGGAAAUGAGGGUUCAGGGUGCAGUAAAGGAAGGUAACGGAGACGGGAGCUGCAGCUCGGUCACAUUUGUGAACAGGUCAGCACUGUCAGGAAGCGUAGAGAAUGACAUGCACAAGAAGGUUAUACAGGGAGGAAAAGAAAUUUCGGAUGAGCUUGGAGACGUGCUAGAAGUGCUGAUUCGCUACUUAGGCGCGCAGCCCAAGAGAAAAAGCAUCGACUGUUUCCUGUGCACCGACAAGGAGAAAGUGCUUGAGCAUCCAAAAGAAAUACAUACGUUGUUCAAGUUGUAUUCUGCACUCGUGUUCUGUAUGCUGGAGCACUGUGCCUGUGUGAAGUACAGUGAGAAGCUUGUUGAGGACAUGUUCAACCUUGAAAACUACCUUUUGGACCAGAUUGCAGUCAAAGAGCUUGAAUUCAUGGACGCGUACAGAGACGAGGCCAUGGAUCAUCGAAGAGAGCAGUUGAUAGCAAUGGGGAACGUAUUCAAGAUCGAUGAUGCCCUGCACAUCAACAGGGAAGAGGAAAUUGAGUCACUCACGUACAAGUUCUACAGAAAGGUGGGUGAUGCCCGAUUCCUUAGCGACGCAGAGAUCAAUCUUAUCUGUUUGAUCCUGUACAAGCGCAAAGAAUCGUUCAGGUUCUUUAGAAUAUUCAAGGAGAGGAAGCUGCUUAUCAAUUACAGGCUGGCGGUGCUUUUCUCGCUGCGUAGUGAGUGCAUGUACAAGCCAACCGAAAUAAUCAGUCAGAACAAAAGCAGAAAGUUUGAGUAUGAAGACAUUGGCACGUACAAACUCAAAAGUCUGUUCAUAAGAGGCGGAGUGACAAACCCAGAGAAUUUCUUUGAGCAUAUGAAAUACAAGUUAGGCCUUGAUCGGGUGCAUGAAGUUGACCAGGAGAUUGAAUAUGAGAAGGAGCUCAAGACCUUUGAGGGCAUUGUCGUGACGAAGAGAGCGGAUGUUAAUUCCAGAGAAUUUAAAAAGUGGUUCAACAGAGAGAACAGGAAGCACCAAUGGAUGGAAUGUGUCAAAAUGUGGGUGGCGAACAGGAGAAUGGACAAAAACGUUGUGGAUCUGUCCAUGAUCGACAUGUGUUGUCAGUACAAGGAGUUUGAGAACGGACACUUUAUCUACGAAAUGCUGGAGCCAAUUACAAAUGAGAAAGUCUUGAAGGAUUGCUUUGUUAAGUACUGUCUGCUGUGCAUACAUGCGCUCAAGGAGGGCAACAAAAAAUUUAAUGAUACGAUCGUUUCCAACCUGGACGAGACGUUCGCGAAGAUGAUCUGCAGUGGUAGUUCCCAGGGAUCUGGUAGGAGCGCCAACAGGACGAUAAAGAGCGAAACGAUGGAGAGCUACUAUGAUUUGAAGAGGUGUGCAUCCAAAAAAGGCGAGCAGAGCUUGCAUGUUGACGAUGUGAGCGCCUUGUCGGUCAAGAAAGGAGAUACUGUGGAGUAUGGCACUGCAAUGGGAGGCCUUUCCGAUUUCAAAACGGAAAUCUGUAUCGAUGUUGAGGAGGUGAAUAGCGCGCUUCACCAGGAAUGUGGGGCACUAAGCAACAGAGGAGAUGGAAGCAGAGGGGAGAGUGUCGUUGACACGUCCAUCACGAGCAGGAGCAGCACGGAAAGCACGCGAUCGUCUUUGGUCAUUGAUGUGGACUUCAUAAGAAAAUGGACAGAUCGGUUGGUUCUCCUGAUAAAGAAGGCAAGGCGGUUGGACCGAGAGAGCAGUGUGUCAUGGGAUAUAAACCGUUCAAUGACCGAGAUGACCAUCAACAACAUCCUCUACUUCGAGAAAACGUGCCGAAAAGAGGUACUUGAGGUUUUACUGUGCGAUAUUUGCAUAAAUGAUGAGAUGGUGCAGCUGCUCCUCAAGGGAUUCUACUGCUACUGCCUGUCGUGCAAGGAAUCGAGUGUUAAGACGAUCUCUGACUGUGAUAUGGUGUACAAAUUUGCAGAGCACAUUUACAAAUGCUGGAAGAAGAAGAAAUCGGGUCUUAGUCUAUUCCGGCGCAAGGACCCACACACCAAACAAACAAUUUAUUGCUGCAUGCUCGGUGUGUGCUGCGAGACCGAGAAGGUUGACCAGUUUAUGGAUGUAUGCAAGGAUCUCAAGGGCUCGUCAACCGAGCUUAAUGGUGAGAUGAUCAAUAUUUUAAAAAAGUUCCACGACUAUAAAAAAUGCAACUGCGACUUUUUCAGGAAUAACCCGAAUAGGCACUACAAAAAGCACUUGAUCAACCAUAUUUUUAAAAAGGAGUGAGGCAGUGCCAUUUUUGUGAGAGAGUAGUGUUUCAAGGAUGGAGCAUAGCAGGAAGAGCAACCUAUGGCUACUAUGAGUGAAUCGAGAAGAAAUUUCCGAACACAAGCAUGACCAUCAGAUAUGCAUCGCGCAGGAGCUGCCAAAAAUUAUGCAGGCAGGAUGUGGACAUUGAUGAAGAGAGGAUUAGACAUUGUCUAAGCAUCUACGAGCAAACAGAUCGAUGUAAGACCAGCCUCGUUUCUCUAAGUAAAGGGCUAUGUUAAUGGUUUUGGUGUUUGAAACGAGCAACGCGAUGAACGAAGACCGGACGAGUGGUUCUCUUACUAGUUGUUGCCGUGGGGGGCUGCAUGGAUAGCAUGAGAACGAUCCGGAGUUUUGGUAAAUCACGUGUAUUGAACUGUUCAAAUCUACUUAUUUACUAUUAAAGUGCAGUUGUGGUAAAUUGGCCCCGAAAUGGUUUAUUUAUGGCAGUGUACUCGGUAAGUUGUUUUUACAUCGAUCAAAAUUGCCAUUCACGCAUUUCUUGCCCUACCAUGACACCAAGCAUAUUUUCGCUCUGGGCAAGUGCGCGUAAGUUGCUUUUUGUAGAACAGGCAAUGAACCGGUGGAAGUUGUUCUAAAUUUAGCGUUCAAUGUGCCGAGUGCUUCUUUUUUAUUUCAUGUCGAUUUAAAUUAAAAUUUAAUAUGUUGUUCUCGAG